AUGCCGGAACGUCCGUUGACGAUUGCGACGUAUGCGGCUGGUGCGUCGUUGGCUGCUGUGACACUGGUGUAUGUUUUUGGGCCUACUUUCUUUUUGGACGAUGAGGCGGCGAAUAGUUCCAAGUCGAGUCGGAAGAAAGGCGUGGUGGGGUUGGUGAAUCCGGCGAAUGAUUGUUUCAUCAAUAGUGUGUUGCAAGCACUGGCCGGUCUGCCAGAGCUGAGGGCUUAUAUCAUACGGGAGACGCAUAGGAGGAGGCUAGAUGGGGGCGAGAUGUAUAAGGAUCUUGAGGCUGCAUUGGAGGAGCAGAAGAGGAAUAAGAACAGCAAGCAGACGCCGGAGUGGAAGCUUCUUGGGUUACAGCAGGGAUUGGUCACGACGGGAUUGAAGGAUGUGCUGGAUGCCUUGAAUGAGCGACCAAUAUACAAGAAGACGAUUAGUGCGCAAGCGUUCAUUCGCGUGGUCGAGACGUCGUUUAGGACGAGAAUCAAUCGGACGCAGCAGGAUGCGCAGGAGUUUCUGCAGCUUGUGGCUGAGAGGCUUGCGGAUGAAUACAAUGCUGCUGAGCGAGUAAGGAGACGGGCGCGACGGCAAUCGAACAAUGCUCAAGUGUCAAGCAAACCCGCCGAAGGAGCUGAUUUGGCUCCUCCCACGAUCAGUAGCAUCGGGAGCCGACAGGAUAGCAAACUUGCUUUGCCUACGGACUCACCUCAGCAGCAGUCACACGAGGAGGACGACAAGGAGAGUAUCGAGACGAAUUCCCCGCGCUUUCCGCUGGAAGGCAAGGUUGAAUCACAAGUCGAGUGCUCGCAUUGCCAAUUCAAGCCCAAGCCCUCGGUCUCGUCCUUCGCUAGCCUCACCCUUCACGUCCCCCACGACUCGACGUCGAGUACACUCAAUACUUGUUUUGACGGUCUAUUAAAGAUCGAGCAUAUUGACGACUUUUUGUGCGAUCGAUGUCGACUAGAUCACGCUUUGCUUGUCACCUCGAAGCAGCUCGGAAAGACGACCCUGAGUGCUGAGGAGCGAUCUGAUCUGGAGGAGAAUAAGAGCAAGCUUGAGAAGGCUUUGCGCGAGGAUCCAGAAAAACCACCCAAGAACGUUACACUACCAGACUCGGCUUCGACGCCCAAGCGCAAGAUCACACGCCACACGCGCAUCUCUUCCUUCCCACGCAUUUUGGCAGUACACUUGAGUCGUUCAGUCUGGGAUCCGCAUGCUAGCAGUUCGAAGAACAACGCGAAGGUUUCGUUCCCGGAGACUUUACCAUUAGGUGGUCUACUCGAUCGCAAGACAUAUCGUCUGCUGAGCGUAGUCACUCACAAAGGUGGCCACAACAGCGGUCACUACGAGACUUUCAGACGCCAGUAUUUGAGCCCACCUUUCAGCACGCCAGCGUCGAUGGGUACGGAUGGCAUAUACAGCGUGAAGAAUACACCCGUCUCAAGUCCGAGGAUAUCUGCAGCACCGAGUCCCAGGAUGAGUGCGAGAUUCUCCAAGGAUCUUGGAAGUGAUGCGCCUUCAUCAAGUACUACAACGCCGGAGCUACUGCCGUCGACACUGGACUCUCCUACCAGCUCAUCAGCAUCGACACGAUCGCUGAGGACUGUGACACUGGAUAGGCGAAGGACACCUCCGUCAUGCGUGCCACUCGAUGCGAUACCCACGCCUGGCCUACCACCGCCGCCGUCGUCAGUGCCGAGGAAGACCAUUGACGACAACGAGCAACAGCCGAAACGUCAGCAGAGCGUUGCUAGAUCUAUGGUUGCAUUGGCGUCACGGAAGCGGAGAGUACCUGAUCGGUGGUGGAGGAUUAGUGAUGAAAAGGUCAAGGAGUGCAAGACGAGCGAUGUGCUCGGUCAGCAAAGGGAGGUAUAUCUGCUGUUUUACGAGAUUGUGGAUGACGCGCAAGCGUAG